AUGACUAUCAACCCUACCUACCUGGCGCAGCGCACGCGCUCCUCCGUCAACUGGGGCGAUGCGAAAUACCGAGUCCUCAAGUCCUACCGUGAAUGGCUCCGCGCGUCCCCCGAGAUUCAGACCAUGUACUCUCUGGGUAUGCCCGUCUCCGCCAUCCGUACCAAGAUCCGCCAGGAGUUCGAGAAGCACCGCUACGUCAGCCAAUUGAGCGUUGUGGAUGUGCUGUUGUACCAGAGCCACGCCGAGUUCCAGGAAACCCUUAACUACUGGAAGCAGCUUUCUCACGUUAUGAAGUACUUCCGCCCAGAAGAGGACCCUGGCGCGCGGCUACCCCGCAACUUCGUCUCGGGUUUCCUCGAGGGUCGCAAUUAA